AUGCCGGCUUAUCACUCCAUCUUCCUAGAGGACCGUGAUGUCCCCGUGAUAGGUACCAUGCCCCGCCCGCAGCUGUUCUGCUGCCCUGUUGCUCUUCAAAUGUCUGGACGCCGCAUGAGCUGGAACUUCCCUAUUCUGCCAUUGCGCACACGAACUCGUGGUCCCGCGUACACACUCGCUGCGCUACCCCCCAACACGCCAGACAUGGACGUCACCCCCGAGAAUGAAUCCUACGAUUGCGUUGACGAGAUCCUGUCCCUCUUCCGUGCCAAUGUGCUGUUCCGAAACUUUGAGAUCAACGGCCCUGCAGACCGCAUGCUCAUCUACGGAACCCUCUUCAUUAGCGAGUGCCUGGGCAAGGUGAAGCCUACGAUGAGUGCCCGCGAUGCUGAGAAGGCGUUGAUAAAUGCUGCACUCGAUAGCUUCGCCAUUCCUGGUGAUGUCUCAUUCCCCUUGAACCAGGCCUUUGAGCCUCCCCGUGAUCGUCAGGAUGCGGAGACUCUGCGGGCAUACAUCUCGCAGGUGCGGCAGGAAAUUGCUAUGCGACUACACGCCAGAUUAUACCCCGGUGGGGAGGGACCUUCCAAGUUCUGGCUCAGCUUCACAAAGAGAAAGUUCAUGGGCAAGAGCCUGUAG